AUGAAAGAACUUUUAGAAGACUUGUUUAAAAUUAUUAAACUUGAUGAAGAAACAGAAAACUAUUUAAAGGAAAGAAUAAAUGAUGAAAAGAAAAAAAUUGUGAAAAAUGGUGUAGAUUAUUUUUAUGAUUUAAUUUGUCCAUUUUCUGAUAAAAAAUUAAAAAAAAAUGUGAUUGCAGAAAUUUAUAAAAAACAUAUACAUGAUGUAACUAAUGUAACUAAUGAAAAUAUAAAUGAUAAUAACAAUGAAAAAUUAACCAAAUCUCUUAAUCUAAAAGAAUAUUGGGAUAAAAAUGAUGUCAUAGGUUAUUAUGAUCCAUUUUUAGGAAUCCAAGAAAAACAAAUUAAUUAUAAUACUAGUAUUCCAAUAAGUGAAAGUAUAAAAAUUAAUAAAGAGAAGCAAAAACAAAAAGAAAAGCAGUUAAGUUUAUUUAAAGAAUGGGUAAAAAAUAAAAUAAAAAUUCCAUCACCUGUGCGAGUACACAAUUUAUUACAUUGUAGUGACUCUAGCAAAGGUAAAAUGAAAAUUGAAAAAAUGAAUGAUAUCAGAAUUGAAAACUUUAGUUUAAGUAUUGGACAAAGGAACUUAUUAAACGAUACGACAUUAAAAAUAAAUGUAAUGAAUAAAUAUGGACUUAUAGGUAAAAAUGGAAUUGGAAAAAGUACAUUAUUAGCAAGAUUAGCAAGACAUGAAAUUGAAAAUAUCAAAGAAGAUAUUAGUAUAGCAUGUAUUGAACAAGAUUUAUUUCUUGAAGAUGUAACAGUUUUAGAAUGUGUUUUAAUGGUUGAUAAAGUACGACAUAAUUUAUUAAAAGAACUUGAGGAACUUGAAUUAGCAAAAAAACAAAAUGAUACAAAAUCUGAUAAUUUAAAGGAUAAUACAGAUGAAAAAAUAAUAAAUAUUUAUGAAAAAUUAAAUAGUAUUAACUAUUUAGAAGCAGAAAAAGAGGCUAGUAAAAUUUUAUGUGGUCUUGGCUUUGAUUCCAAUCUUCAAAAAAAAAAAGUAAACUCUCUAAGUGGAGGAAUGAGAAUGAGAUUAUGUUUAAGUCGUAUUUUAUUUAGUAAUAAUGAUAUAAUAUUAUUAGAUGAACCAACAAACCAUUUAGAUAUAUAUACUAUACAAUUCUUGAUAGAUUAUAUUCAAAAACUAAAUAAAACAUGUAUUAUAGUUUCACAUGAUAGAAAUUUUUUAAACGAAGUUUGUACAGAUAUUAUUCAUUUUCAUCAAAAGCAACUAACAUAUUACUCAGGAAAUUAUGAUCAAUUUGAAAAAACAAGAAUAGAGCAUUUGUUGCAACAACAAAGAGAGCAUGAUUCAAUUGAACUAAAGAAAAAGCAUGUCCAAAAAUUUAUAGAUCGAUUUAGAUAUAAUUCUAAAAGAGCAACAUUGGUUCAAAGCAGAAUAAAACUUUUAAAUAAACUACCAGUUAUAAAUUUAGAAAAAGAUGAAACACCAUUUAAGUUUUCUUUUUUAGAACCAUUUUAUGUAUCUAGUGUACUUAUUAGAUUAAAAGAUGUUUCUUUUAAAAACGAAAUGUUUAAAAAUUUACAAAUAAAAAAAAAUACAAAUAUUAUAAUAGCAGACGAUUUUGAAGAUUCAAAUGCAAAACCAACAGAAUUGGAAAAUGCUGAAGAAACUAAAAAGGAUACUUUAACUAAUAAUAUAACUGGAGAUUAUCAAUUUAAACAUGAAUUUUUAUUUAAAAAUGCAACUUUUGAAGUAGAUAUGGACUCUAGAAUUGCAAUAUGUGGUGUUAAUGGUAGUGGUAAAACAACAUUAAUUAAAAUUAUUUUAAAUUUGAUAGAUGUUUAUGAAGGAGAGCUAUAUGUUAGUAAUAAAGCGAAUAUAGGAUACUAUUCCCAAUAUCAUGUUGAUAGUUUAAAUCCUGUUUUUAAUUCUAUUCAACAAUUACAAUAUAACUAUUCCCAUAAAAAUAUAAAAGAAGAUGAAGCUAUCAAAUAUUUUAAUAAAUUUAAUAUACCAACAAAUAUAUUAUAUGAACCCAUUUAUGUUUUAUCUGGAGGACAAAAAAGUAAAUUGGCAUUAGCUAUUUUAGCUUAUAAAAAUCCAAAUGUAUUGAUUUUAGAUGAACCGUCAAAUCAUCUUGAUAUUGAAUCCGUACAAGCCCUAAUUGUAGCAUUAAGUUUGUAUAAAGGUGCUAUUGUUCUUAUAAGUCACGAUACAUACUUGAUCAAACAUGUAGCUGAUGAAAUAUACCAUAUAAACAAUAUUACAAAGGAGGUGGUUAAAAUUGAUUAUGAAUUUGAAAAAUAUACUAAAUUGUUACUUGAAAAUAAAAUUUAA